AUGGUUGAGGUGAGGAACACGGUUGAAUCUAAUAAAACACGUGUCACUGAGGCUGAAGAGCGCAUAUCAACCCUCGAAGAUGAUCUGGAAGUGGCUAAAGCUGACUUAGCUAGCGCUAUAAAACGCAUCUCCACUUUGGAAUCAAAGACUGACGAGUUAGAAAACCGGGGCCGCCGCAAGAAUCUCCGCCUAUUUGGUUUACGUGAAAGAGCCGAAAAUAACCAGCCCUUGUUGGAAUACGUGGAACAACUUUUGCCGAGAUGGUUGGGCUGCCACGAUAAGACUUUCACUCUCGAGCGCGCACAUCGCACACUGUCAAAACCUAAACCGGGCCAAAACAGAGGGGUGAUCAUCCGCUUUCUGAAGUUUCAAGACAGGGAGUUUGUCAUAAACACUGCAAAGAAACUCAACAUCCAACAUGAAGGAAACAAGCUGCUGUUUGUCCCGGAUCUAUCAACGGAGACUCUGCGCCAACGUAACGAGUUUAACGCAGUAAGGCAGAAGUUUGUGGAGAAGGGGCUCUAUCGUGGAUUCCAGAUUCACCCAUGCAGAAUGAGAGUCCUGCACGAGAGCAAAAUGCAGCUGUUUGCGACGCCUCGAGAAGCAGAGGAGUUCUAUCAGAAAAUCAUCUGA